AUAAUCAUGUCUUCGACGCGUGGAUGUGCCGAAAAAUGUUUCUAUUUAGACAGGGAUUGUUCCAAUUGUCUUCUUUAUGAAGGAUUGAACUAUUAUAAUUUGUUAAUUUUAACAAAAACCUCAAAAUGCAAGGAGUACAAAUUUUUGCAUGAAAUUUGGAAUUUUUUGGAGUCGUUCGAAAACAAUGAAUGACACAGAGUUCAAGGUCGGUGAUAUUGUUGCCACAGUGGUUAUCAUCUUGUCAUUAGUGAUAGCUAUUGUCAUUGCUGUUUGUUGUCGAUGUAAUAAAAGACAUAAACAGGAUAGUAAGAAGAUUAUUGUAGACAGAGAUGCAACAUACAUUCCGGUAGCCAAAAUUAUGGGUUCUGAUUGUGGUGUCUGUCUAGAUUCUAAAGAUUCCAGAAUGGGUCAAAUUGUUAAACUACAUUGUAACCAUACAUUCCAUCAAAAGUGUAUGACAGAGUCUUUAAAAAGUCAGACAAAGUGCCCUUUAUGUAGGCAGCGGGUAAAACAGUUUACACCAAGUCAGAGAAUAUUUGCAUAUUUUCAGACUAAAAUAAACCAGUUUCGAUAUAACUACAAUGAUGAACAGGAUAUCGAAAGUAAUGUAUGACAAUAGUAAAAUGUCUAAGUCUUAUCUGCAUUUAUUAUCGUCCGAAUGGAUUUUCAUGGAUAAAAUCAUUUGGACCUUGAAACUGAAAUCCAGGUUCCCGACAGAGUCUUCCUCAACAUCAUUAUGAUACAAUGAAAUUGUGUAUAGUAAUGUUUUCUUGUGAAUGCAAAUUUGCUGGACUUCUGGAUAACCCAUAGGAUCAUCUAUAUUAUCUAUAAACUUUAAUCAGUAAAUUAAUGUUGAUGAAAAAUAUUGUAAUCAAAUCGCAGAAUUCAAAGCAAACCACGUCAGUACUAUUCCCACAAACAAAACAUCGAUAGACUGUUUAUGUUCUUAACUUCAUCACACAUUAAAUUUCAGCUGAUACAUAUUAAAAUCCAGUAAAAAGUAAGACAUACAUAUCAAGGAACGUACUUGUAAAAGGCAUCCAAAUAGAAAAAGAAAUGUUCUAAGAAUGUACAGAUAUAUUUCAUGUAUGAAAGCAACAGUAGUAGUUAUACUUUAUCCACUAUACAUAAACUCAUCAAAGAUAACUAUAUGCUAGUAAUUUUACAUAAUGCCAUGGUUGCAAAAUUCAGACAAAACACACGGACACAUGAGCACCAUUGUCUGUACAUUGCUUGGGGAUAUUCUAUAAAAAAAAAAGUUUUUUUUAUUUAGAAAUGGUGGGCUUUAGAAUUGUGGAAGCUCAUUUAUUAUAACGUGCAAGGUUAGUUUUGACCAAUUCUUGACAUUUGCCGUAUGUCGUAAAAUAUUUCUGUCGAUAAAUUGGACACAUUGGGAAUCCAACGUGGCCUGCAUAAACAAUAACGGUCCGAUUUAAAAUAUAUGGCAUAGGACUUUGCAGAUGCACCAACAUUGUCAAUAUAAGUAUUAAAUGUAAAACUUCAAUGUAAAGUCGACAUGUCUCUUGGGAAUUAGCCACCAAGCUUUUCUGAAAUGAUACAGUUUGUCAAAAUAGAUGAAUUGGAACAAAAAUAAUAAUACAUUCUCAUAAAUCCUGAAAAGAUCAAAUAAACCCAUUAUAAUCUCCCUCCAAACGAUGAUGCCGAUCCCAACCAUCAUCAACUAGGCAUCGUUACUUAAACCAAUGAAAUUUAAAAAAACAAUACAAUAUCUGAAAAUAUUGAAAGAUAAAACAUUACUUGUGUUUUUUUUAUGAAUGUUUGACGACUCUUACUUCUAUACAAUACACGGGGUCUCCAUUAUUAACAAAAUAAAAGGUGACAAAAUUAUAAUUUUUUUCUUAUUGGUAUAUACGUAGACUGUAUGUGUGUGUGUGUGACUUUCAAUUAUUUAUCGCCUGUUCAUUUGAAGUAUUAAAUACUUCAUUCAUAUGUGUCCAUUUAUUAUCAUUUAUUUCAAUUUCUCGUUUAUCACCAUUCCCAAUUGUCAUUAAAUUUUCACGUUAUGGCAAGGUCACUAACAUAUUACCAAACUUUACAUUAUAUGACAUUAAUGCGUCAGCUUAUAUUGUAUUAAACUUAUUUUAACUGUUAUUUAAAUUAAUGAAUAUAAUAUCAUUCAUUAUUGAUUUCAGUUACAUAUAAAAAAAAAAAAACAUCUUUUGUGAUCUUGUCUCCUAAACAAUAAAAUAAAAUGAUAUUGA